AUGAGAGUUUAUCAAAAAAACAGAAAAAGUAAAAAUAGACGAAAAUGCGAUGGAAAGAAAAAUGUUGACAAUAGUAAUGGUGAUAAAAAUAUUAAAGAUAAAGACAAAAAUGGAGUGGAAAUAAAUAAUAAUGGUGAAAGUAAAAUCAAAAUUAAAAUUAUAAACCAAGAAAAUUAUUUAGAAAGUCAUAGAUCCCAAAAAAUUGACACUAAUAAAACUAAAAGUGAAAAGCAAAAUGAAUAUUAUAUGUAUGAAGAAUUAAAAAUUAAUAAAGACAUUAAAAACAGUAUAAAUUUUUAUACAUGGUUUUAUUUUUUUGAGAAUAUGAUGCUAAAACUAGAUGAUUCUUUAUGUUCACUUUUAAAUUAUUCUUAUUAUUUACUUAAUAAUGUUAAUAGUAAUAGACGUAACAUAUUGUUAAUCAAUUCUCAUUAUAAUAUAAAAAACAAUUUGAAUGAUACCAACAGUUGUACCUUAAAUUUUAAUAAUUGUUCGUAUAAAAAUAUAGAACAAGUAAUUAUAUAUAAAAAGGAAAUAAUAAAUAAUGAUAUUGAUGCCAAAGAGCUUAAUAUUAUUAAAUUUUUAAAAAAACAAAAUAUUAAAAGUAUGAUAUAUAUUAAUGAUUUUUUUGAGCCAGAUAAUAUGUCUAUUUUAUUUUUAAUUCAUACAACAGAUGAAAAUGAAAAAAAUAAUUAUAGUGAAAGAAAUUAUUUAGAAAAGAAAUUUACUGAUGAAAGUGUCAACAAAUCUCAUUACAAUGAAUAUGAUAUAUUAAAAGGAUAUGAUCUUAUUCUUUUAAGAUAUUCGUUUGAAUUUUUCUAUUUUUACAAAGAAAAAAAUGAAUAUGAAAAUGAUCAUUUUCUUCAACAAGGUAGUAUUGUCAGUAUAGGAAACGAAAAGGAAAUUAUUAAAGAUAACUCUACUGAACAUAAUAAUGAAAUAAAUGAUCAAGAAAAAGAAGAAAGUGAAAAUCAAGAUAAAAUAAUAUUGGAAAAAAAACAAUUUCAUACUAUGCUUACAUGGAAGAGUUAUUUAAAGGAUACUUAUAUAUUAAAAGAAAAUGUUGCUUUAGAUGCUUUAAAUAUUUGUUCAGGAAUGGAUGGAUAUAUUGAUGAUAAAAACUUUAAUUUUGAUGUUUUAUUAAACGAUGAAUAUUCGUAUUUAGUUCAAUAUAAAAAAAAAAUUUCUAUUUGUAGACUAAUAUACGCUGUGACAUCCUUGUUAAAAAAAAAAAUUAAGCCAAUUAUAUAUAUUCCCCAUUGGUGGUAUUAUGAAGUAGAAGAUUGCAAAAAUAAAAUUGUAGAGUCACCUGAAUUUCAUUUAUAUAUUUUUAAUGAAUUAAAAAAAGACGGACUACUAAAAAUAGGUUAUAAACAAAUAAAUUCAUUAAUAUUUACGAUGAAUGAUAAAGAUAUUGAUUUUUUUAUCAAUUUAGCCAUGAAAAAUGACGCCAUACUUUGUACAAAUAAUAAUGAUAUAAUUAAAUAUUAUUUUAAUAUUAAUGAAAAGGCCAAAGUUUCGAAAUUUAUUUCAAAAGGAACUUUUUUUGUACUUACAAACUUUCUUUAA